AUGGCCGCCUCUAUCGCCGCCGCCGCCGCCGCCGCGUCCGUCUCCCACGUCCUUCCCGCGCCGAAACCCAAGCCCAGAACCCCACCCCGCCUCUCCCUCCUCCCCCGCAGGCGCUCCCGCGCCGCCGGGGCCAUCUCCGCGUCCGCGUCCGCGGCCUCCGACUUCCUCGCCCCGGUCCCGUCCCUCAAGUCCCGCCUCGCCGCGGGCGACACCCUCUACGGCCUCUUCCUCCUCUCCUUCUCCCCUACGCUCGCCGAGAUCGCCGCGCUCGCCGGCUACGACUACGUCGUUGUCGACAUGGAGCACGGGCCGGGCGGCAUCACGGAGGCCCUCACCUGCCUCCGCGCCCUCGACGCCGCCCGCACCCCCGCCGUCCUCCGCCUCCCGGAGGCCUGCCCCGUCUGGGCGAAGAAGGCGCUCGACCUUGGUCCCGCGGGCCUCAUGCUUCCCGCCGUCGAGUCUCCGGCCGCUGCCGCGGAGGCUGUAUCCCACUGCCGCUACCCGCCUCGCGGCGUCCGUGGCGCUGCCUACCCAAUCGUCCGCGCAUCCGCCUACGGCCUCGACGACUCCUACCUCUCCCGCUGCGAGGAUGACACCCUCAUCAUCUGCCAGGUCGAGACCGCCGCCGGCGUUGCGGAGAUCGACGCCAUCGCCGCCGUCGAAGGGGUCGACGUCGUCCAGAUGGGCCCGCUCGACCUGUCGGCGAGCAUGGGCUACCUGUGGGAUCCCGGGAACAGGAAGGUGCGAGCGACCCUGAGGGAGGCUGAGAGGAAGGUGUUGGAGGCCAGGAAGAAGAAGGACGCUGCUCCGAAGACCAAUGCGGCUUACUUGGGUGGGUUUGCGAUGCCCAAUGACCCAGCUGAGCAGCUCAAGCAUAGGGGAUACCAUAUGGUUGCAGGUGCAGUGGACAUUGGGUUGUUCCGGAAGGCGGCAUUGGAGGAUGUCAAGCGGUUCAAGGAGGCGUCAGUGGAGAUUGGUGAAGCAGAGGGCGAGGAGGAGGAUGAGAAGGAAAAUGGAUACUGGAGUGAAUGA